CCGCAGCCACUCACCGCGGGGAGAGGGGCGGGGUGGCCGGGGCCCGUGCUCCCCCUCGGCGGCUCCUUGCGGCCCGCCCCGCCGCCCCGGCCCCCCGGAUGACGGUAUAUAUUCCAGGAGCGGGACGCCGGCGAGUAACCGAGCCGAAGGAACCGGAGCCGGGUCGAGCCGAGGAAGCCCCACAGCCCUGUUUUCACAGAGCUUCACUACCAGAGCACUAUGAAUCUUAACGACCUCAAACUCAGGCUGUCCAGAGCUGGGCAAGAACACCUGCUGCAGUUCUGGAAUGAGCUGGAAGAAACCCAGCAGGUAGAACUUUAUACGGAGCUGCAGGCCAUGAACUUUGAAGAGCUGAAUUCAUUUUUCCAGAAGGCCAUGGGAGGAUUUGAUCAGUCAUCUCACCAAGAAAAGGUGGAUGCACGAAUGGAGCCUGUGCCUCGAGAGGUUUUGGGCAGCUCUACGAGAGAUCAAGACCAGCUGCAGGCCUGGGAAAGUGAAGGACUAUCCCAGAUUGCUCAGAACAAAGUGGCAGUUCUUCUUCUAGCUGGUGGGCAGGGGACACGACUUGGAGUCUCAUAUCCCAAGGGCAUGUAUGACGUUGGCUUGCCUUCUCACAAGACGCUGUUUCAGAUUCAAGCAGAACGCAUUCUGAAGCUUCAGCUGUUAGCUGAAAAACACUAUGGCAGCAAGUGCAUCAUCCCAUGGUAUAUAAUGACCAGCGGUAGGACAAUGGAGUCGACGAAGGAGUUCUUCACAAAGCACAAAUACUUUGGUUUAAAAAAGGAGAACGUGGUCUUUUUUCAGCAGGGAAUGCUGCCCGCUAUGAGUUUUGAUGGGAAAAUUAUCUUGGAAGAGAAAAACAAAGUCUCUAUGGCUCCAGAUGGGAAUGGCGGCCUCUACCGGGCUCUUGCAGCCCAGAACAUUGUGGAGGACAUGGAACACAGAGGCAUCUGGAGUAUCCAUGUCUAUUGUGUGGACAACAUCCUGGUAAAAGUGGCAGACCCCCGCUUCAUUGGCUUCUGCAUUAAGAAGGGAGCAGAUUGUGGGGCAAAGGUGGUAGAGAAAACGAAUCCCACGGAACCAGUAGGAGUGGUUUGCCGGGUGGACGGAGUGUACCAGGUGGUAGAAUACAGUGAGAUUUCUCUGGCAACGGCUCAGAAGCGAAGCUUGGAUGGACGGCUGCUGUUCAACGCUGGGAACAUUGCCAAUCAUUUCUUCACUGUACCAUUCCUGAGAGAUGUUGUCAAUGUUUAUGAACCUCAGUUGCAGCACCAUGUGGCUCAAAAGAAGAUUCCAUAUGUGGAUUCCCAGGGGCACUUAAUUAAGCCGGACAAGCCAAAUGGAAUAAAGAUGGAAAAAUUUGUCUUUGACAUCUUCCAGUUUGCAAAGAAGUUUGUGGUGUAUGAAGUGUUGCGAGAAGAUGAGUUCUCCCCGCUCAAGAACGCAGACAGUCAGAAUGGAAAGGACAACCCGACCACUGCCAGGCAAGCUUUGAUGUCCCUCCAUCACUGCUGGGUCCUCAAUGCUGGGGGACACUUCAUAGACGAAAAUGGCUCUCGCCUCCCAGCCAUCCCCCGCUUGAAAGAUGCCAACGAUGUACCAAUCCAGUGUGAAAUCUCUCCCCUCAUCUCCUAUGCUGGAGAAGGGCUAGAAGGCUACGUGGCAGAUAAAGAGUUCCAUGCACCUUUAAUCAUCGAUGAGAAUGGAGUCCAUGAGCUGGUGAAAAAUGGCGUAUGAGUUCUAACAUGCGCUCAGCCAUAUAGGGAGCCUUUGCUUCUGAUAGACCAACUGUGAACAUGCGGGGCCUCCUGGAAGGCUGAAGUGUGGAUAUCAAUAGAGUUCCAUUUUGCUUGCUGGUAUCUGAUAAACAACAGACUUCC